AUGAAGCUCCUUCCCCUGCUCACAGCUGCGUCCUGCCUCACGCCCCCGGGGCCCUCUCUCUUUGUACAGCAAGUGAUGAAGUUUUUUUUCCAGAUCACAUGAGGCAGGAUGAAGGGGGAAAAUCCUGCCAGGAGCAGAGAUGGGCUGCAACUUGAACCUGACCAAGGGGAGACACAGAGCAGUGCCUGGAGAGCUAUAUAAGAAUGUGUCAGGAACAGGAGCAAACACUUGCUCAGGUGAAGGACUCGCAUGAAUCAGCCAUGAAUGUGAAUGAAGACACUGUUUCCAGGAGGCUUGGAGCCACUAACAAAACCUGUUUGUAUUUCAUCAUCGCCACCCUGGCUGUGUUGCUCGUCUUUGCCUUGGCCACCAUCAUGGUCCUGGUCGUCCAGAGGACGGUAGAUGAUCCUGCCACGGAGGGCAUCAAAAAACCCAUCAGGACAGGUAACACCUUGGAAGACUAUUUGAGGAUUCUACAGAGAGUCCCAGGCAAGAGAGCUGUUGCCUACAUGAGAGUGUCCAGCACAGUGAAUAGCUCCAGGCUGAGCCUGGUGGAGAAGGAGUCCUGUGAGGCCAUCAAGUGCCAGAGCCAGGAGCUGGUGAUCAGGGAACAAGGCCUCUACUUGAUCUUCUGCAACUUGAACUUUCACUUUCCCAACUGCUCCAAGAGCCCCAUCGACCUCAAGAUUGAGCUCCUGGUGAACGACAGGGUGGACAGGCAGACGUUGUCCACGUUGUGUGCGUCGGAAACGUGCCAAGACAAGACUUUUAAGACCUUGCUCCAUCUGCACUUGACACACCUGAAGGAGAAUGACAGAAUAUCAGUAACACUGAACCAUCCUGAAUUCCUGAAUGACAUUUCUCUGCCCAAUGAAAAUGUUCUCGGGGUCUUGAGGUACAGCAAUGAAACAUCAGCUCCCUGACCCCCCACUACUGCCCGAACCCCUUCUCUGAACACCAGCAGCCUGCUUUUACUAGGCACCACCUUGGUUUAAAUUUCACACCUCACCUCAUCCCUAGGGUGAACAAGGAACUUUGUGAGUGUCCCAGAAAAAAACACUGCAAAAGCCAGAGCUGCCAGGUUCCCUGACCUGGCUCCAGGUGGGAUUGUUGGACUAUCUAGCACAUAACCCACCAAGCAUUCCUCAAAAUCAUCUGUGCAAACACAGACUAAAACCCAGCCAGAUCAUGGCAAGAAUCCACAAUACAGAGAAUUUUAGGGUCAUAAACUGCUGGCACAGUGUCUGUGUUCAGACAUGGGGAAAUCUGUUUAACUCUAUUUUAUGGAGUAGUGUAUUAACCCAGUCUUUCCAAAAACCCAACAGUCAAAGCUUGUAGUCAAAGUUUUUCUUUACCAUGGGCACUCAAUGACAACUCUGGAGUAGAUUCAUUGUACAACAGCAAAAAUGAUGAAAUUAUUGACUCUCGGGCUGGUAGCUGAAACUCUGGGGCAGGACAUAGGAGAUUUGGGAUUUACAGGAUAUUUCUGUGCUGCAUUCUGCUAUGGACUUUAUGUUGUUUCUUUCAAGUGUCUUCCUUGUCACUAUUUAUCCAUCUUUUCUAUUUAAAUAUAAAGCUCUUUGGGACAGACUUUGUCUAGGCAGAGUGCUCAGCCUCUGUUUUCCCCUGGGGUUCUCAGAUCUUUUCACAUUAAACAUUAAAACAGCAGUGGAGUUUCCAAUCUGGCAAAUAGCAAAGUCCAUUAGGAUGCAUUUUCCUUGAGUGCUGCCCUGCCAGUUUGGCAGUCCCUGUGUGACACAGACCACGCUGGGCUGGGAAUCUUCCUCCAACAGCAGCACUUCCUGGAAAGCCAGGACUUCCCCAAAGUCCACACUUUCCCAAACAGUUUCAGACUGGCCCUCAGCUGAGAGCUGAGAUGUUUGAGCAGGCCAGAGGAUGGGUGAUAUUUGAGCUUCUUUGGAUGCCUGGAAUGUUCAAAGAAUUCAGGAUAAAAGAAGAAUCUCAGGCCCUCUUAUUCCAUGAAUUUCAGUAACCCAGACAUUUAUUUGCAAUUUCAUUCUUACAGUGUGGGGAGAGAAGGGACCAAAAUGUUCCCAGAUCUGGUCCCAGUUCAGUCCUUCCCCUUUUCCCUUCAUCUCUGGGAAUCCAGGAAGGCCUAUUCUCACCAUUAUUGGAGUUUUUCUCCUUGCACAACUGACAUUUUUCUCUGACUGCAGCUUGGCAAACUCUCCGCAGCAAACAUUUAGUCAUAGAUUAAGUUUCUGGCUGCAGAAACCUGGUGGUUUAUCAUCCAAGCUCAGUGGAUGCUGGUGACUGAUGUAGCUCAGUCUGUGUGAGCACACUCCAAAUAUUCCUCAGAGCAGUAAUUUGUUUCUUGUUUUACAUCACCAGAAACUGAUGGUGCAUAUCAAUGAGGUUUUGUCUCAUCCACCAGGUGACUUCAAAUUACACCAGACACUUUCUAAAGGUCAGGAACAACUGAUAUGAUUCACUGCUAGAGAUACCCACUU